AUGUUGGCUUUAUAUGAACAAGAAAUCAAUGAAACUAGAAAAAUUUCAAUUCGAUAUGAUAAUUCAACAAGAACAUAUUAUUUUUUUUAUCAUAGAUCAGAUAUUUUACCAUCAACAUUAAUAUUAUCUUAUGAUCUUAAUCAAAAUAAAUGGAAUAUUGAAACCAUUGAACAUAAUAAUGUAUUUGAAAAAAAUUUAAAUGAUUUAUUUAAUCAUCAAAAUAUAUCAUUUGAAGAUCAAACUCAAUAUAUUAUUGAUUAUCUUGAUAGUUAUUUUAUUAAUCAAUUACAAGAACAAAAGAUAAAAACAAAUAUGAAUCAUCAUAAUAUUUAUUCUUUAUCAUGGUUUCGAAAUUCACGUAGUAUACGCCGUUGGGUUAGUCAAAAUAUGCUUACAGAACAAUCAGCAGGUAAUUUUACAAUCGAUUCAUUUAGUAGUCUUUUUCUUUUCUUAAUUGAAUUUAUAUCAUUAUUAGUAUUACAACGUUAUUCAGCACCUGAAAAGUCUACUUCUAUGAACAAUAACGAAGAAAUUAUAUCAGUUAAAGCAUUAGCUGAAUCAUUUUAUACAAAUGAUUUAUAUCGACAUCGUACAAAAACAUUUGCUUCUCUAUUAGAAUAUUCGAAUGAACGUAUUCAAACUCAACUACCAAAUAAACCAUCACCAAUUACAGAACUUUGGUUGAAUGUUAUUACACAAAAAAUGAAUGAUUUUCGAAAAAAAAUUGGUAGUCAUAUUGAAGAAGAAAAAUUAAAAAAUUUAGCAGAAAAUUUUAUUAAAUAUUUUAAGGGUACAUUUCAAUGUAAUAUUGGACAUGAGUAUCAACUUGAAUAUGAUGCUCAAACAUGGCAUUUUAUUGUAGUUAGAGUUGAAUUUUUGACAAAAAAAAAUUCUGAAACUACAAAAAAUCCAAAAACGAAAAUAGUUUUUGUUAUAGAUGAUAUUCCACAUUAUGUUCGAGGCUAA